AAGGAUCAGGUGGAGCCAUGGCCAGGCAGCCGCACCCACAGCCCGACUCUCCUCAAUCAACCGUCUGUGUAGCAGGAUCAACCCGUCCCCUUCCGGUGACGGUUAUGAUGUUAUACCCUGCACAUCAAUUCCUACAAUCCGCUAUGGACCCAGACGCGAUCUCGUUGCAUCCCCGAUGGAAUGACACCCUUCGGCGAAUGAAACUCCUACUCUUCGUUCAAAUGGUUAAUCAAGUCACCAGCGAGCUACACUAUCGAACGAUUAUGUCCUCCGUGAAUCAACCUGGGCAAGACGCUACGAGUCACUCCCUCCGACGCAUGUCAACUUCUGAAAUACGGAAGCUCGCAGCGGCUCUGGUUCAUGAAAUGGAGAGACGUUUUCCCAUCCUCACAUCCGCGUAUCAGCGGACAGAUCGUCCCUCCAGUCCAGACUCCACCCCCCAAUCCUAUCAAUCACAGUGACUUGGUACCGGUGUUGCAUCUUAGCUUAUCCCACGACACGUUUACGAAGCACGUGGAGCGGAUACAUACCACCUGAUUGUUUCGGUAAUGAUGAAACGACAUCCGGAGCCUAUGAUCUCUGAGGAACGAUACGUAUGAUAUGUAAUCAAUUUUGUUGGUGUUAUAGAAUCAAUAUAAU